GCCUAGUACAGCAAGAACAGUUGAUUGGAAUAUUCAGCUGUAGAACAUAGAACCAAAGGAGUGCAUUGGCCCAGAAAGCGAGAGAGAGAGAGAGAGAAUAUCUUGAAACCAUCCCGGGACGACAACGAGAUGAAUCCGAAAGGAAGAGCCGACAACGACGAACCACCCCAACCUCCUUCCUGCGGGGGGGAGACCCCGGAAAUCCCGCCGGAAAUCGGAGACCACUGCAACGUCUUGUUCCGGGGCGAGCUCCGGUUGCCAGCGGAAAUUAUCGAGCGCCGCCCCCUCUUGGCUUCGAGAAAGCGGUUGCUGGACCUCCGACAAAGACCAGCGCAGCCGGACGCGAAGCCGGAAGACCACGAGAACGAGAACGACACGAAACAGACCAACGCCAAAACAAAGAAAAGGAAGCACCAGGGCCCCGGAUCCUCCGCCGAAUCGCAGGGCUCUUGUUCGCAGGAAGAGCUAUCUCUCAACUUUCGCACGGAGGGAAUUGAAUACUACAUCCACUACCACAACCACGAUCGGCGACUCGAUGAAUGGAUCACCUCCGACCGGUUUGUGUGGAAUACUCUGCAGCGUUGCAAUACAAACGCAACCACAAAUGCGAAUGCAUCGGCCGCCACGGACAGCGGAUCCAAGCACGGAGCAACGCCAAAAACUUCMACCGGCUCGAAGGAGCCGACGAAAACGGAACAAUCAGCUUCUACGGAGCCUUCGGCCGCGGCCACUCCGGAACCCUCCAAGGUGGGGAGACGGCUUUCGCGGAAGAGCGUUGGUUCCUCGGCGGGUCCCAGAAAAAAGAGCAGCCUCGACAACCAGAGCCAAGCACAAGUGGCGUCUGGUAGACAAAUCGCGACCACCGCAACAAAUUCCACCGCAUCCACCACCACCGGUACCGCCACGGGGGGCAACUGGAGGCCAACGGCCGCGGAUGGUCUCCACGAACUCGAAAAGGAACACCACGAAAUCACCAAGGUCAAAAAUAUCGAAAAGAUCUACAUGGGGGGAUUCGAGGUCGACUGCUGGUACUACAGCCCCUACCCGGCGAGCUACAGUCCGUCCGAGAUGCUCUACGUCUGCGAGUUUUGCCUGAAAUACAUGCGCAAGCGCAAAACAUUUUGCAAGCAUAGGGCCACCUGUCCCCACCGGACGCCCCCCGGCACCGAAAUCUACCGGGAGCUGGGGCUGAGCGUCUACGAAAUCGACGGGAAGGAUCACAAGGUGUACUGCCAGAACCUGUGCCUGCUGGCCAAGCUCUUUUUGGACCACAAGACGCUGUACUACGACGUCGAUCCGUUCUGGUUUUAUGUCGUCUGUCACGUAGAUGACAGUGGGGCCCACAUUGUCGGGUACUUUUCCAAGGAAAAAGUCAGCACGGAGGGGUACAACCUGGCUUGCAUAUUGACCUUUCCGCAGCACCAGCAGCACGGGUACGGCAAGUUCAUCAUUUCGUUGUCCUACGAGCUUUCCAAGCGCGAAAAAACGGUGGGAUCGCCGGAAAAGCCCCUCUCGGACCUGGGAAAGGUCAGUUACAGGUCCUACUGGACGUAUGUCUUGCUGAAGCUACUGGCGGAACGGUCUCCCCGCCUCGACGAUGAACAGACCCAGAAACAAGAGAACAACCACGACCUAACCAUCAAAGACAUUUCGACCGAAACGGGAAUGAAGCAGGAAGACAUCAUCUCGACACUCCAAUAUCUGGACAUGAUUCGUUCCUGGAAGGGCCAGCACGUGGUUUACGUCCAGCAGGAUACCAUCGAAGAAUAUGCGAAAAAGAAACAAGGGUACGUGUGGAAUGCUUGUGUGUGCGUGUUUUCUGUAAUUCGUUUCUGCAGCCUCGCCUAGCAGCUGGUUGACGGGCUAGGGUACAAGACAUCCAAAAAUAUCGGUGCAGCGUGCAACAUUGAUAAUGUUUGUGCGAAGCCUUGAGGUUUCGUCUCUCACGAUGUUGUUUGUUUUCAAUCGGCUCGUUGUUGUCACUUUUCGCCUAAAAUACAGCAAGUCUUGGCGGUUGUGCAAACCGCAAUACCUUGAUUGGGAUCCGUCCCAUUAUGCAUCCGUGAAAAAGAAGGGGGAAAAGAAAUAAAUUGAUGAAGGAAAAAAAAAAAAACCCACGGUGGCCUCAAUUCCAUGGACCAGUAAGAGGAGAGGACCACUGUCGAAAGGAGUGCAAACCAUCCUUGUUGGCGUGGACCAGGAGUUGGGGCUUGCAACAACACCCGUGGCGUCUUCGCCGUAAUUCGCUAUGCUGGGUAGGGUAUGUGAAAGCCAACAGCAAAAGUGGUAUCGGUAAUGGCAUGAUCAAAAAGGUGUUUCCUCUAGCUAUCUCACAGAUUGUCAAAGAAGUUGCUGAAUCGGGGUGAUAUCAUUCCGUCACACGCACUUCGCAGUGCAUGUGCGCAUGUUGGUAUGUAUGCAUCUAAUCCUGUCUCAAUUUUGAGUGCAGCAAUAGCGAUUGAUAAAACUUAGUAGAUCUAGCAUUAGAAUACGGCUCAAAGUACUCCACAGCAGCACUCGGCAUAGAGAAUGCUUGUUGUCGUUGUAUUAGGAUCUGCCACUCCAAUAAAAACUCUUUUCCAAC